AUGGCGCCCAGGAAGGAUGGUGAUGUGGUGUUCUCUUUCAAUGGAAAAUGGGUGUCUUGGGCUCAUACCGUCGUCGCAUAUGCGGCCUUCAUUGGAGCAUUGAUUGUGGGUGUUUCUCUCCACUAUCACAAAAUUGUGCAGAACGAGCACUAUGGAUACCCGGAUGAAUGGUUUCCUUCCGUUUCGGCCACCAUUGGCGAUCGAUACCCUGAGCGCUCGGUAUUUAUGGUCUUCAUUGCUAUCACCUCCGGACCCCGAUUUGCCCUCGUCACUCUCUGGUACUUCCUCACCAGAAGACCAAACUCGAAUCUGCCGGCGAUCAUCGCAACCACAGGCUUGUUAAGAACACUGACAUGUGGAGGGUGGACAUACGUGACAUCUACGGACGACCAUGAUUGGCAUGAUAUUUUCAUGAUUUCCUACCUGAUAUUCACCCUGCCUUGGACGUUGGGAUGUCUAGCUCUGAGUCCGCCCAACGCGAAAGCCAUCAAAUAUCGAAAAAUCUUGGCUAGCUUGUUCUUCGGUACUCUUGUACCCUUGAUCUAUUUCUUCAUCCAGCAUAAAAUCCACAAGGUUGCAGGCGCGUACACCAUCUACGCCUUUUUUGAAUGGUCUCUGAUCUUGUUCGAUGUGGCCUUUGAUUCGGUCACUGCGCUUGACUAUGAAACAUUUGAAAUCGUGGUCAAAGAUGUCAAGGGCUCUAGCAGAGGUGACGCGAAACUACUGAAGGAUUCUGUGAAAGAGAAACAACACGAGAGUCCUCUGAUCGAGACCUCUACCUUUGAUGGUCUGUACUAUUGGCCCGCGAUGCUGGACGCAACUGCGGACAUUCUCCAUGGAUUUUUCUUCUGGUCUAUCCUCACUUCUCUCGGUGUCCUCAUUUGGUAUUUCCCGCUCUGGCACAUGGGGAUCUCGGGCUACGAGGUCAUGGUCAUGUCUCCUGCUUCACCUUUGAUACUUGCCAUCCCUUCCGUUCGAUCUUUUACAAUCAAGAACUUUCGCUGGGUUCACAUGGCUUCUCUGGUGGGCCUUGUGGCUUGGUUAGUAAAGGACCCCGCAUACCGUUUGUUCACUGUCGGGUUUGCCGUCAUGUUGGGUUGUAUAGCCUGGUCAGCAGAGUGGUAUGCUGAACGAAGAAACUCGACGCGGCUUCAAAGAAGAAUCUUGGCAUGGAGUACUGGUUUCGUGCUGUCGAGCAUUGCCAAGUUUGCGAAUCACACCAACAAUCCUGUCUGGCCCAUUUUACAUUCCGGGAUCGGUGGCUGGAACAAGACCGCUUUGGUGAUCGCCCUGGUUGCUGUAUGGCGGUCCACCCGACCAGAAGCCUUCAGUGGUGGAGACUACGUCCCCCCAAAUGCGAAGAAAGGCUCAAGCCUUUUGGCUGGUCUCGGCCUGGGAGGGCUCUUCUUUUCCAUGCACUCUUUGCUCUCAGACUCCAGCACCAUGAUAUUGUGGGUCUGGGAGGGUUAUCCUGUACGAGGGCCGCUGGCAGUACCCCAUGGUGCCGUGACGAUAGUUGUGAUGAGCCUCGGAUUGUUUCUAGGAUUUGCCCUCCCUGGCUUUUUUGGGACAUGGACAGCCUAUGGAUUGGGAGCUAUCGGUGCAGCCUUACUCACCAGCUACAGCAACUGGACCGGCUACUAUGGUGGUCUGAUUCUUGCCUUCUACACUAUGGGAGUUGCGCCAGUGCUUAUCUCUUCCGCCGCCCAACACAGUCCGGCUUCUACCUUUGGCUUCGGCUAUUUCAUGUACAACAUCAUGGUCCUCUUCCAUGUCUGGGUUGUGGCAUAUGCGUUCGUCCCUGGAGGACCCCUCGUUCGAGAGCACACCGAUUGGGUGAUGAUCACAAUGAUGCUUCUGAUCGGUGCUGGCGUCUUUUCAGCCUUGGCCACUAACUCGGCCUAUCAACCGAAGAGCAAGUCGAGCCCUCGUGGACGGAAGCAGUCCAGCUACUACCUUCAUAUCCUACUCGUCCUGCAGCUGUUGACGGCCUUCAUUGCGUAUAUACGCUUUCCAACCUAUGAUUAUGUACCAUACCAUCCAGAGGAGAAGCUGAUAACCGCUGGAAUCUGGACCAUCCACUUUUCGCUGGACAAUGACGACUGGUCGUCUGAGCGAAGGAUGCGAGACGCGAUCAAGGAAUUGGAGCUGGACGUGGUGGGAUUGCUGGAGUCUGAUCUGCAACGAAUCAUUAUGGGCAACCGCGACACCACGCAGUAUCUUGCUGAGGAUUUGGGCAUGUACGUGGACUUCGGUCCUGGGCCGAAUAAACACACGUGGGGAUCAGCACUGCUAUCCAAGUUCCCCAUUCUCAACUCGACUCAUCACUUGCUCCCUUCGCCGGUCGGCGAACUUGCGCCUGCAAUUGAAGCCACGCUGGAUGUAUACGGAACCCAGGUCGAUGUAUUUGUUUUCCACUCGGGACAAGAGGAAGAUCCCGAGGACCGACGCCUUCAGACGGAGUAUUUGUCCAAGCGGAUGGGGGCGACAACUCGACCGGCAAUCUUGCUGAGUUACCUCGUGGUCAAACCGGGAGAAGGAAACUACAACACGUACGUGAGUGAACUAAGUGGAAUGCACGACAUUGACUCUCGUGAUUGGGACCGAUGGUGCGAGUACAUCCUGUACAAGGAUAUCAAGCGCGUGGGAUACGCCCGGGUCAGCAGGGGUACCAUUACCGACACUGAGAUCCAGGUGGGCAAAUUUGUGGUUGGAGAGCCGGUUUCGUACACGGACGAGAGGAUUCCUGAAGAGCAGGUACCGCCUGGACGCAGAUUCCCAGCGCUAUUCCGUGGGGAGGGUGUGCGUGGACACAGAUACCACGUCUUUGACGAGCCAUGGUAUUAUGCGUAG